GGGAUCAGCGCACGCGCAGAGAAGGCGUGAAGCAGGCAACGAGCCACUCACUUCCUCUCCUUCUAAAUAUGACAAGAGCGGUAUAAAAGAAGGUAUUGUAGUGACCCGUGUUACAUCCUGCUGAAGACUUCAGGAAUAUACUCUGUGGCUAAAGCUUUGAGUCAUACAACAUGAAGCCAAUCCUGGGUCUACUUGUCCUUAUCUCUUUGACAUUUAGGGCAGAAAGUGACCAAAUGGUUACAAGCAAUGUGAAUAAUGAUCUACAGACCAGUAACUCUACUCAGGUCCCUACAGAUCAGGAUAGCUACAAUGAAACUUACAACCCACUGACUACUGAUUCAGACAGCUACACAACAGAAACAGUGGCAACUGCUGCCCCUACGGAUGGUAGUAAUCUCUUUCCAACAGACAAUUUCCUCCCAACAGACUCAACCACACUGGAAACCAUUCUAGAGAGUGAAACAACCCUACCAACAAGCAUCUUCAGUGUAGUACAGGCAGUUACACAGGUAUCCCCAAAUAGGUACAGCACAGAUGAGACAAGUAUAAAUAGUGACAGUCCCAUCCCAACAGACAAUAGCAAUCAAAUGGAAACUGUUACAGUGAGUGACAGCCCCCCUCCAGCAGCCACAACAGUAAAAGAGAGGUACAGUUCCAAACUCCAAACAGAGUCAGGCAGCGACAGUCUAACUGAAACCUCUAAGGUUGAUUACAAUACCAUAACCAGUGAUUCAGCCAGUGAGGAUCAGUCUAAUGAAAAUUCAAACAGUAUGGAAUCAGUACAGUAUGAUACAAUUUGUGUUGUCUAUGACAUACUCAGAGAAGCUCGAAUGGCUGGAUAUCGUGGGCUUAAGGCUGCUGAUUGGAUCUGUAUUAUAAAAAAUAACAUGUACAAGCCCAGUGGAAACAACAUCAAAGCGCGGUGCAGGAACUCAAAGUCUCAAAAGGCCAAAUACCCAUGUGAAUGUUUUGGUAAUAAUGUCCGUAAAUACAUUCAGUGUUAUAUGCAAACAGUGAGAGGUCCUGCAGGCUUGUGGAAUAAGUACUGCAAAGGAAAGGAUCUCAAUCAGUUCACCCGCUCAUGUGCAAGUCGACUGCCACAAAAACCUAGAAAAUAUUAACUGUCUGAAAAAUAUGCAGGAUUGUGACAGUAGGAGUGCAACUUACCAUGAUCCUAGCAAUACUUGAAUGAGAACUAUACACAAUAACACAAGAUCCUGCACAAAUGGUCAAUAAUUACAAUGGCUUGAUAUUAAAAAAUAAACUGCUGUUAAACACAA